GGGGUGUUAAUAUGAGACGCCCACCGACUGAUUGGCAAUCACCUUCCAUUCCUUUCCACGCCAGCCAUCUCGCCAUCCCAGCAAUUCUUCAGCAGCCAGUUUCAGAGGCCACCCGGUUACUGAUCGUUGUAUCAAACACUGGAACAUGCUCGCAUAUACUACCAAUUGAAGCUACCACUCGCCCCUAUCAUCUGUAAUGCGUAUCUGUACUCUGUAUGUACAUUUGUUGCCAUCUACCUACAUUGAUGCAUUCAUGUCGUGCCUCGAAAGACCCCAGUUCUAUUAAUAGCACCGCCCCUUCCGAACCACAACCUCGCUCACAUCUCCAAGAACCAUUACCGAGCAGACUAAACAAAGAAGCAAAAAACAAGGGGCCAAAUUCACGAUGCAUCUACCAGCAGUACCUAUGUAUACUUGACUUUACCUCGGCCUCCCAGCCGUAUCAGUGUAUGUACGCGCAACCUCUCACACUCACGGCACUUAUCACCGCGCGCGCUUACACAGAAGCACCGCCUACUACACUAUCUGAUAUCCUACAUACGACAUACGACAUACGACAUACAACCCCUGCUCAAGAACAUCCCCAUCCCGCGUCCUCCGGACCGAAAUCCAUCUCACUCAGUACAUUCAUCCUCAUCCUCAUCCUCAUCCUCAUCCUCAUCCUCAUCCUCAUCUUUCAUACUCAUCAUACCGCAAAGCGUGAAUCCUUCCCCAGAUUUCCCCCGUCCACGACUCCCCGUGCGCAAGACAGAGAGACAUGCAUAUGCACGUCCUGUCUCGGGCCAUCAUAUAUACGUGUAUCGUACUCCUUAGUCAGUAGCAUGUACUCCGUAGCAUGUAUGUACUCGUACCUCAUGUAUGCACGCACGCGCCAUGUCUGUCAUCGACGCUUGGCGCCCCAGCUUUGUUUUACAUACAUGCAUCUCAUCCCUGGAUCUCGUGUCUCGCCAUGCAAGUCAUGUCCCACAUCUACGAGUACAUCACCAGGUAUCACUUCACCUUGCAGCAGAGCAAACGAUCGAGUGAAAUAAUGGCUUUUAUGUAUAGUCCCUUCCCGGUACCAAAUUAUGCCAAGACGAAACAUGAGAACAAGUCACAGGAAUACACAUGUCGACCCCGUUCCAUGAAGCAAAUAUAUACACUUAUACUCCGUAGUGUCGUGUUCGUUUACCAAAAUGCCAUAACCAUCGUGUUCCAUUCGACAUUUACGCUUCCUGUUGCUCCGCGUAAUUGCGUGUGCUCUUCGUAAAAAUUAAUUCCAAUCCAACGCCGUCCCUUGCUGUGCCCGCUCAUCUUUUGCUGUGCUCCUACAAAUGCCUUGAUUCCUCCUGAUCGUCGUCAGGUGUACCAUCUUGCAAACCCUCGACGGGAUGCAGUCUAA